AUGACCGGGUUGAACCGGUUCAGACCGGUUGGAACCGGUUCAGACCUGGGGACUGGUCUGAGCCAGUUGGAACCAGUUCAGACCGGUUUGAACUGGUCCGAGUCAGUUGGAACCAGUUCAGACUGGUUGGAACUGGUCCUUGCCGGUUUGAACCACUUCAGACCGGUUGGAACAGGUUCAGACAUUUUGGAACUGGUCCGAGCCAGUUGGAACCGGUUCAAACUGGUUGGAACUGGCCCGAGCCGGUUUCAACCGGUUCAGACCGGUUGGAACUGGCCCGAGCCGGUUGGAAAGCAGUUAAGACCGGUUGGAACCGGUUCAGACCGGUUUCAACCAGUUCAGACCGGUUGGAACUGGCCCAAGCCGGUUGGAAGCAGUUAA